UCGCUGUCUAAUGAAUCUUUUGUCCUCGCAGCAUUCGUGCAAGGCCAGGGUGAAAUAACUUCAUGCAGGCUUUGUUACAGCUUUGCUAAGUGCUAGAAAGAUGUAGAGCUGAGAUGAGCAGUUUCUUUGUCCCAGUGAUGGAGUUACAUACCAUGUUUCGCAUACACGAGAAAGGUGCCCAGGAAGAAAUACUGCGUCAAGAUUCCAAUCCGAACCACAAACAUAGAGAACGUGUCUUCAGACCAAGGAUAUCCCUCUUUGGAUUAAACGAAGAAGAAGUUAGAUCAAGGUAUCGCUUUAGCACUGAAGUUAUACUGGAGCUAUAUGAACAGAUCCAGCAAGACAUAGAGCCAAACUGUGAACGGAACCAUGCUGUUCCAGGAAUGGUAAAAUUGCUAAGCGCUCUGCAUUAUUUUUCCUCUGCAUCGUUUCAGGGUACAGUGUCCGCGCUCUCUGGUAUAUCCCAACCUAGCUUCAGCAGGCAUCUGACUCAAGUCCUAAAGGCCGUCAACAAGUUAACUCCACAAUAUAUUGUUUUCCCAUCAGAUAAAGCUGCAAUACAAACAAUAAAAGAUGGCUUUUAUAAAAUGUCGUCUUUUCCUAAUGUCAUGGGGGUAAUUGACUGUACUCACGUCGCUCUGUCACCCCCAACAGAAGAUAUUUACAGAAACAGCAAGAAUUUUCACUCUUUAAAUGUUCAGAUGGUAUGUGCAUCUGAUAUGAGGAUUCUUAACUUGGUAGCUGGGUAUCCUGGAUCUACACAUGAUUCCUACAUACUAAACCAUUCAAGCUUACAUACAAUUUUGACUUCUGGCAAUCUUCCAGAAGGCUGGAUAUUGGGUGAUGAUGCAUAUCCCGUGACAGAGUGGCUUCUCACACCUAUAAAAUAUCCCAAAACUAAAGCGGAAAAGAGUUAUAAUGCAGCACACAAGACUGUCCAUUCAGUUAUUGAGCGCACCUUUGGAUCUCUAAAAAGUCGUUUCCGGUGUCUUGAUCGGUCAGGGGGUGUACUACAGUAUUCUCCAGAGAAGGGAGCACAGAUUAUACUGGCAUGCUGCAUCCUACACAAUUUAGCUGUCAGCCGAAAUCAGCACGUUGACAUCCUUGAUGAUCUUGAAGCACCACCACCAGUGCCACCUGUUUCGCGAGAGGAGAACACUGAAGCAGGAAAACAGACCAGGAUGAAAGUGAUUAACCAGUAUUUCACAUGAACUCUGGCUAUCUUAAUUUCCAUUGUUGUUUCCUAAUAACAUGGAUUGUCUACACUCCUCUACAUGGACUUACAGUCACAUCUGUAUUGACCUUAAUUCAUGCAUAGAGUUGGGUAUCUUAAUCAUGUAUAAGUUUAGAUUUAUAGAACUUGUCAGCGUCAUACUCUUGCCCUACUUUUCCAUGUAUUAAAAUAGAACACUAUUUUGUAGCGUGCAUCUUAUCCUUUAUUUAAUUUUUUUUUUAGCUAGAUGAAAAUUUACAUCUUUAAACAAAUUCUUUUAGCAGGUCAAGAACACUUUUUUUGUAAUGUUGACUCUAUAUCUAUACAAAACCUAGCUAGUGCACCUGUCUUCCUAAAGCCUAACUAAGCAAGCUUGCCAUUCAUGCAUUCAUUUUAUGUUUUCUACAUUUAUACUCCAUUAAGUAAAACAAAAACGUACUUUUCGGACUUGAAGUAAAAUUGUAAUGGAUUUGUCAGAAAAGGAUAAGCAGUGGGCUUUAUUGGUGUUUUAAACCUUUGCUAUUUGUUCCACAAAGUAUAAUGUAAAUUGUGCAGCUAAAUAUAUGUUCAGAUUCUUACAUGUGUAAGUAUUUCCAUUGUCACUGGCACUAUGAAUUAAACUUCCGUACACAGAUCUCUCA